AUGGGCAUUGAGUUUCGUCGCCCACCGCUUCCAGCACCGACCGAAUCCCUUGGAGAAGACACCACCUCCGGCGCCGAGACAGAGGUUGCCACAAACGUUACCGCGCGCACCGAUAAGACUUCCUACUCCAUCCCCGAAGACGGCCGUCCUAUCACGAUUUCCACCCGCAAAACCAGAGACGGUAGCUCAGGACACCACAGUCGAAAGAAAAGCCAGACGAGCCUCUUGAUCGAAUACUUCGAGGCUUCGAAGACGGGUGAUAAGAGUCGGAGCAAGCCGAGCGUUCGAGUGAAGGUCACCCCUAGCUCGGGUAAAAAGAGCAGGUCGGGGAGCGAAGCGAUUCAGAUCACGGGGAUCGGUUCUGAUCGGAAGCCAUCAUACACUCGCCGCAUUUCUCUGGGCACUGGAAGCAGAUCGAUCGAGACGGGCGCUCCUGUGGGUCAAGGCACAGAGCUCAGUCAUUCGUCUGGAAGCAACGUAUCAGGUCACCCACCAGUUGAGAUCGAAGUCUUGAACGACGGAAGCGACCUUUCCAACCGCCGACCCUCUCGCGAAUUGACAUAUGCACCCGCAGGAUCCAACGUGUCUUCCAUGCCACCGGACAGCAUGUUGGAAGGCGAGAGAUACGAUGAGAGUGAAGUCGGCCAGACCAUGGACACCUACCGAGAUGAUGUGGAUUAUCUGAAAGCACCCGUGCGGACUGGCAGCAAGAAUCGAAGUGAUAGCCGAGAACGCCUUACACAGAAAGUCAUGGAGAAGCUGGAGCAGUCGUCGAGCAAGUCGCGCAAAUCCAGCCGUUCAGACCGCGAACGAAGCGCCAAGGACUCUGAGUUGGACGUGCAAUCUCGUGAGCGCCGAAGGAAGUCCUCACAUCCACGUCGCAGCGAGGAGGACACAGUCAGCGGUGCCGAAACAAGUCAGCUAUCUUCUCGUUCUGGCGCAUCUCAAGCCUCUCGGAUGACGAACAAUCCCAAACUGCUGGAAAUGGUCGAGGACACGAUUAAGCGCAUGAUCCUUCCCGAGAUUAAUGCCAUUAAGGAAGACCAAAAGUCGGAUCGGAAAUUGAGAAGCUACGAGAGUAGUAAGAGAGCAUCAGGCGAUGGAGAUCUCGAGCGAAGAGUCAGCAAGUCUUCAAGCUCUCCCAACAUUGCCUCAAAGCCAAAGGUGGUGCUCAAUCGCGAUGGAGACGACCCUGGUGUUGUUCUGUCGAGAGGGGAUUCCGAGCGUGUGAAGUAUCGCAAGUCGAGCAGGGACAGUCCUUCCGAGAAACGACCUUCGAGCAGUCGGCGAUCAUCUGGACAGUCGAGACGAGAAAGCUAUGAGGCUGAAGAGAAGCUCCGGCCAAGCUCCAGCAAGAGUAACAAUGGCCUUCGUGGUGCAGCUGCCGCCGGUCUCGCAGGCGGCAUCCUCACGUCAGCAGCUUUGCGACAUCACGAUUCCAGUGGAGACAUGCACGAGCGACGCAAGAAGCGCAGUAAAUCUCGAAGCAGUAGGAGCCGGUCAGCAAGUAUCACAGAAUUGGGUGAGACCUACACCAAACCCGCCAUUCCGCCUAUGCCACUCGCCAGCAACCUCAACGAUUCAGAUACCACUCGAGCGAGUCUGGUAUCAGAGCAUACCAAGUCGAGCACAUCCGCCGAUGGACCGUCUGUUGUACGGGAAGUGUCUCGUGGCUCGAUAGGUGACGGCUCUCCAACGUCCUCUCGAACCCCGACGCGAGCUUCAUUUUCAAAAAGCUUGGGCAUGAGCCAUUCCAACCACUCCUUUGAUAACAGCCCCAGAAGUCCGAGAAGCCCCAAUGGUGGUAUCUCCAACAAAGCCAGGAUGGCAGCUCUUGCGGCGGCUGGACUGGGCGGCAUUGCCAUGGCGAAGACUUCCGAUGGCAAUCACAUGGAUGCUGAUGGCUACGGAACAACGACAAGAACAACAACACAGCGAAAGAUCAGCAGUCCAGUCCAGAGUGUGUCGAGUCUGAAGAAGAACUUUGAGGACGAGGAACCUCUCGUGCCACAUGCAUCGCAUCCACAAACAACUGCUGCGCGUUCUUCCGCUGGUCGUUUGCGCAGUGGCAACCAUUCGCAAUCGUCUUUGCGAUCUGCGGAAUCUUCCCCUACGACGAAGCUUGGCCUCUCCCGUGAGCGAUCUCGCAAUGCCAGCAUGGACGACUUUGUCACUCCGGCCGAGCAGUCGCAUUCGCCAUUCCAGAAUGAUCGAGCCUCGACUCCAGGCGCUGAGACGGCAGACGAGUGGUUCGAGCGACAACACUUGGUGAACGAUCGAUACCGUAAUUCGAUGGACGCAGCAACGAAUCGCGACUCCUACCAGACGAAUCCUUACCCUCAGGACGAGAAACGCUUCACAACUUUGACGGACGACAGUUACGGCCCGCCCAUCGAGAGUAGCUUCGGUGAAGACAAGGACGUACGCGACAUUGGCCUUAGUCCGAACUUCAUCCACACGCCCGUCGCUGUCGAAUCUGCAGUCGCUUCGCUGAUGGAGCCGUCCACCGUUGAUGGCUACGCUCUCUCAUCUCGAGGCAGUCCCGGCAAGCGCAACGCUUCCUACAGCGACCGCAUGGCUGAACACAUUCGUUCUCAAGGAAAUGACAGUCUUGCACUAUACGAAGGCUCUACCCUUAGCCAGUCAAUUCCCAGCCAAGACCGGUGGGCAGCGAUCAAAGGUCAUGCGCGGCAUCUGUCCGGCUCGCUCGAAAAUAUACAACUGCCUCGACACGCUGGUUCUAAAGCCGUGCGACAGGGUCGGACUAUCGAUCAACAGCCCAAGAUGAGUGCUAGUGGCUUGCCAGUUGCGGACGACCCGAUGCCCGAGAUCGGUCACUACGAUUCACAGUCAGAUCUCAAUACCAAUCCUUCAAUCAUACAAGGUCCACUUGGCGGUGAUGCGACCGGUAAGGAUACGUGGCCAUACACGCCGGACCCGCUUUCUGAACCUGCCAACCGCGAUAGCCAGUCUACUGGACGCCGAACUGCAGACGCCAUCAUGGCAGCAGCUGGCGGAGGAGCAGCGGCGCUUGCGGCAGCCCAUGCAUACAGGGCGACUGCUGAAGAUGAGCGGGACGAGCGUCGCGAGUAUCAAUCCAAGCAGACUCGCAACGGGCAACACGAGGUCGAGCGCAACAUUACUCCUGGUGAGACUCAAGCGACCUUCCGCGACGAGGGCUACGCUACCGAUGGUCGCACCCGUUCGGCUGGCGGUAUCACGCCCAAGCAGGACAUCACGUACGGACAGGGCGAUGUGAACGAGUACAAGCGCGCAAUGGAUGCUCAGGAUCUGGGCGCGGAUGACCCAUUCGCGGUCAACCCGAAGCACGAGCGCAACUUCAGCGGCGACUCGCACGGUAUGGGCUCACCACUUUACGACCGUUCGACUGGCAAAGGUGUCGACCGUAUUCAGUCGCACGACGUCGUUGCUCUGAUGGAUCAUCUUACAGUGCGCGACGCUCAGCGCAAUGCUCGCGACACCGAGAUCUUGGUUACACUUGUGCGCAGUGCCGCCGAGAUGCGCCAGUCUUUUGAUGAGAUCAAGAAAUUCAUCGCGGAGCAAGACAAGAUGAUCAUGCAGAACACCGAUCGCGAUGCCGAGUAUACUGCUCAGAAAGUGCUCAGUGGUCCACGUCCGCAACCGCUUGGCUCACCUCGUACGCCACGUCUGCCUGCACAAUCUGACGAGGACAUCCAGACCAAGCGCAAGGGUGUUCUCCGACGAGCAUUGAAAGGCUUGACCGGCGGGAAGAGCGCCAAAGACCUCGCUAGAAUCGAAGACAUGCUGAUGCAGAUCUUGGACAAUGUCGAGGACCUGAAGCAGCAAUCUGGCGGACGACCUGGGCUUGAGCGAUCAUACACUGGAGAUACCCUGGACUCCUAUGAGAAGCUGCGAGUCGGUCCUGACUCUGGGUACGAACCGGAAGGACAAGCGGGAACCUCAAGCACGCCAAGUCACUCCGGCCACUUCACCGCCUUGCCAAGGGAAAAGCAACAAUUCCACUCUGGAUACGACGGUCGUCGUGGAUCUGACACCCGCGUCAGCACCGUUCUGGAAGAUGAUGAAGACGAGCUCGGCCCGCACGAGCAGAACGUGCUGAACAACCAAUUCGAGAACAACGAGCGUCUUUUGACCCCAACACAGGAAGCCUACCGCUCGCGGGGUCUGUCACCGAACGAGGUGUCGCCACUACACGCUGCAACCUUUACCAGUCCAGACAAGCAGCAGAAGCACAGGAGCUCUGGUUCAACGUCGUUCAUACCUCCGAUUCCUAAGACCUCGCGCUGGUCUCGUACUACGGCUUCCUCAGCUGCUCCAGACCCAGCUGUGUUCGACAGUCCAGAGCGGUCUCGCGGACUACGGCCUGCUUCGGAGGCCUCGCGAUCUGGUUCGACGCUCAAGCAGUAUGAUGACGAGCAGUACUCUUUGCACGAAGACGAUCGGAUUCGUUCGACUCAAAGCCUGGCCAAGGAGCAAGAUCGCAAUGCCGGGCAAGCCGACGCGCGCAGCGUUCGUAGUCACGCAAGUCGGAUGACUAGAACUCCAUCACCACUCAUCCCGUCCGAGACAUCAUCGUAUCACAAGAGCGACUACUACGACGACGAAUACGCUCCGUCGCCUGUGCAAGAAGACGAGAACGCCAUGCUCGAGGAUCCCAAAUACCAAGCGCAUCGCAACUCACUCCUACUCGAACAUCCUCAGCCACGACAAGGGCCAACAGGACGUCAUCAGAACACCCUUGAAUCGCAGGCUCAAAUCUUUGACGAUCCUACAGGAACCAACUCCGACUUGUCACAACGUACUGUCAGCGACUUCGAUCCUGCGGGAUGGGGAUCGGCAGGAACAGCAGGCCUAGCUCGUCAUCGCCUAACUCAGCUCGAGCCGAUUAGCCCUGUCAGCCUCAACAGCCCUGGUUCCAAUCGCGCCCCCAAGCUGGACCCAAGUCCGCUUGUUCCUCGUCCACUGCAGCAGCAGCCGCAGAAAGCUCCCGCGGUCCCGCCGAAAAUCAAGCAUGAUGCCGACGAAUUCGAGGACGAGGAGCUGCAGUUCAGCAAUAGUGGUUUCAGCAAGCCGAGGAACUACUCCUACAGCUCGCCCUACGGUUCGGGUCAUCUGCUCGAGCCGAUUCAGGAAGUGAGGUACUCGCUCGAGACGGACAGUGGUCGGAUCUCCCCUGAGCACAUCCAACUUGCAUCCGCCAAGGCCGUGGACAUGCGCUCCCCUGGCCGCAAGAUCACGGGUCCGCGUCCGAUGAAUACGGGAGCUGGGAAUAGCCCUGGCGCUACUGCGAGGCUGGUGGACCAUGCUGGGACUGUGCGUCGCAAGCCGGUGCCGAGACAAGAUACUGAACCUUGCUGCUCGCCAUUCACGAUCGAUGUCAAUGCCAGCGCUAUUGGCCAGUCGAGCUCGUGGAUGUCGAAGUCUCUUGUGACAUGA